AUGCACGACUUGAACGAAGCACUGGAAGAGCUACGCAGCUGCUUACCGUACUCUCAGGACCAGUCAGCACGGAAAAUGAGCAAAAUCAAUACGUUGCUUUUGGCAUGCAACUGGAUUCGCCAGCUGACAAUCCGAAAUCACGAGCUGCAGAAGCAGCUGGCCGCGUUGCGAGCCGAAGACCGUAUCUCUGUCCCAAUCGGACCCCCACCGCCGUCAUCACAGCCAACGAGCACCUUCCCCGUCCCACCAGGGCCAAUUAAUUUCGCUGCACUGGGGCCAGCCCCUUGCAUGAAGGCGUUUGGGCAGGCAUGUUUCUGUAUUGCCUGUCUAACGUUGGGAUCGAAACAAUGA